CAUACAGUUUACUCCUUUCUCAAUUAUACGCAUUUUCUGGCAUUUUCAAUUCUGCUUGUUAUCACUGAAGUCUAUCAUACUAUAACAUUCCUUCUGGCUAAGGCUUUUUCACAGUAUUAGUUCCCUACAAAAAUCUCAUUUGCGCAAAAGUAUAUCCAUAGGCAUCUGCACUACAUUUACAUAUUCUUCAGCUUAAAACGAAUAAUACAUUAUUUUUUAAAAGUGUUGUAUGAAAAGAGAGAAGACAUAGGUAUGAGUAAGAAUAUGUGCAUAAGUAUGGGUGUAGCAGUUUUUCAUGUUUUCUUAAAUGUCUUUCUUUCAUGCAUAUCUCUAAUAUUUUAUAUUCCCAUAAUGUGCAGUUUGAAUCGUCAACGGUCUCAACAGAACUUAUACCUGCAAAAGUUUAUUUUCAAUCAGAUUUUCAUCCAGUUCUUCAUCAGAACUAUAACUCUACCCGUUUCCAUACUUUUAUUAUUUGAGCAAACAAGGGGACUUGGAGACAAACUGAACAUUCUUUAUGAAUUAGACUUUAUAGCCACACCUGUAAUAAUCCAAGUGUCAUAUCUUGUUUGUAAUUGGCAGAAUGUGAAAUUGCUUUUCUCUUCAUUCAAAUUCAGGAACAUUGUGAAAGUUUUUUUUCGAAGCACUAAUAAUGAUGUGCAUCCAUACGUUAUACCUAUGAACAACUCGAUUUCAUAA